AUGACUAUUGAUACUCAACAGAAUCUGAUUGUCACCGAUUAUGUUAAUAAUAUUCCUCUACGAAAAUUUUUGCCAAAUGGCACAGCCGUCAUAUAUCCGCCAAUCCAAUAUGCAAAUGUGUUUGAUGUAACUGUUGAUUGGUACGAUAACAUUUAUUUUUCUAGUGACAGCCUGUGUAUUGUUCAAAAACUGGCAAUGCCAAAUGGCUCACUAUUAACAACUGUAGCUGCGAAUGGUACAAGGGGAAAAGGACUGAAUGAACUUGACUCUCCAUCAGUAAAUGGAAUUGGUGCCGUGUACAUUAUUGACUGGGGAGUUGAAAGAAUACAAAAGUGGUUACCUAAUGCAAUGGCCGGAACAACGGUUGCUGGUGGAAAUGGCUACGUUUUACACUUGAAUCAGUUAGGUGGUCCAAGCGCAAUUCUUGUCCACACAGAAAAUUCCGAAAAGUAG